AAUUUGGGAGCAGCCCCAUCACGUCCCAGGCCGCUGAUCCUCACCAAUAGGCUUCAUCUGCUCCUGUCCAACAGGCUGCCCAACACUGACUCGGUGCUUUUCGUUAUCAGCCGAGUGAAGUCACCAUGAUGUCAUCCAGGGAUGCGAUCUGCUGGCCGCGGUAGAAGCAGGCUGAUCGGUGACUGACAGCCCGGAGGAUUGGUGGACUCUCACCGAGGCGCAGACCGAGAGAGAGAGAGGGGAAAAAAAGAGGGAGAGAGGGGCGCAGAGGAGCUGCGAAACAUGGUAAUCACCACCACCAACAUCUCCAUCACCUCUAGCUCCACCGCGCACUCUCCCGUCUCCUCUCCUCCUCCUCACCGGGGCUUGCGUUUCAUGCCCAGAGCCCUGAUCCGCUCACCAAAAAUAACCCUCAGCCAGCAUGCCGAAGGAAGCAAAACAAGAAGAGCGGUAUUUUUAGGGUCAUUAAUUUCGACCACGUGGCCCGAAGGUAAACCGGAUGGCCGCUGCGCAAAGGCACCUCGUCAGUAUGUCCUGCGAGGCCGGCACGCCGCACUGGACGCUGACCGCGGCGCUUCUCCUGGCCUUUCUGCUGGGGGUCGUGUCAGCGUACCCUUUACCGAGCGGCAGGACGAACGCAACUUUGCUGGAGAAGCGAUGGGAGACCCUGUUCUCCCGCUCCGUGUUGGGGAUCUCCGGGGAGAAACCGGAGCAGAACUGGGAGACUGACUACCUGCUGGGCAUCAAAAGAGUGCGGAGGCUCUACUGCAACGUGGGCAUCGGGUUUCACCUUCAGGUCCUCCCCGACGGCAGGAUAAACGGUGUACAUAAUGAGAACCAGUACAGUCUGAUAGAGAUCUCCACGGUGGAGAGGGGAGUGGUGAGCCUCUAUGGAGUGAAGAGUGAGUUUUUUGUCGCAAUGAACAGCCGUGGGAGGUUAUACGGAACGACAGUCUUCCAUGAUGAGUGUAAAUUCAAGGAGAGUUUGCUCCCCAACAACUACAAUGCCUACGAGUCUCUGGUGUACAGAGGAUUCUACAUAGCCCUGAGCAAGCAUGGCCGCGUGAAGAGGGGCAACAAGGCCACUACUGCCAUGACUGUGACGCACUUCUUACCCCGAAUAUGAUCAGAAGAGAAAAAAAAAAAAACUGGCAAUAACAAACUUAUUUGCACAUGUGGAGUUAUUUUUAUCCCAGGUAACACAAAAACCACAUAAGUACGUACAAACACGAAACCACAACAUGAACUUCAAAAGAAACAAACGCGGAUAUAUCUGAUAUUUAUUCAACUUUUUAUGUAUAUUUGGGAAGCUGACUUUGUUUUAGAAAUUACUGAAAUGCAUUCUGAGCUGCUUACAUAAGUUUCGUCGUCUGAUGGGAAGGGAAGAGGGAGCGGUGAUUUGGCCCUCUGGUUUUCCCUGGUGCUCGCUGGAACGGUCCAGGCUGCGCCCUACCAGUGGACAACGGUUUGCAAAGUGGGAUGGAUUACCUCAAGGAACCGUAAUCAGAGGAAAAAGUAGAAAUGCACAUGAAGUUUCCAUAAAGCCUGUUUACUUUAACAUAUUUAGCUGUGAUCCCUAAAAAAAGACUUGAGGGGGGAUUGUUCUGUUACUGUCGGGGCAACUGGAGCUCCUGCAAAUUUGUUGGUGGUUUUUCCUGCUGCGUCAUGAGGUGGCUGUGCCUUGAAUUCCUUCUUACGGCCCCCUCACCAUUUCAUGUGAGAAAUGUGGUGCUCAAGUCAAAAAUAGGAAUGAUACGCAAGUCAUGGCUGCCCAAGACACCACCGGGGGCUUUAGCCCAAUUCCUCGAGGGUCUGAAGUUUCUCCACUUUUAUUCUCCUUCUAUAGUUAGAUUGGUUGAGUAACUGAGACUCUAUGCUGCACAGGAUCCAAUGGAGCCUCUUGGAAAGUUAGAUUUACCCUUCCUUACAUUAUGUCCAAGAGAGCUUUGACAAUCCAAGGUUAUAUUUUCAGAGCUACCGAGGCCAGCCUCAGAGUGACUGCAUACUGUAUGUAUGGGUGCUUUUAUUUGAAGUAUGCAUAUAGAAUAGUUUCAGGUCAUUUGCUCUGAAUUGAGAGCAAGUCAUCGUAGCACAAUAAUACAGAUGUUAGAAUAGCCAUUUUUAAAAUACUUUAUAGACUCAUAACUUAUCCUUAUUUAUUUAUUUAUGUUUAUUAUUUAAGAGUCAAAGGAAGCUAUCUGACAGGUUUGAUGCCACUAAAAGUAGAGACUGGUUAUUCAAAUGAGUGGAACUAAAGACACACCUUUGUCUGGAAAAAAAACCAGAAAAGUUCCUGGAUCAGCUGCAGAUGAUUGUUGAUCUCAGUGCUUGAAGCUAUAUCUGUUGUUUGAUUUAUAACAUUUCAUGCAGCAUGAGGUACUUGCAUUCAUGAAAUACUCCAACCCUUCUCUCAGAUGCUGAUCUUUUCUUGAAGGAGAUAAAGAGGAAGAGCGGUGCUCUGAUUGUUUGCGUGACCUGGCGAGGUCACGUUUAAUGCUGGGGUCUGAGCGGCCAUCAGACUGGCGGGCUCCUGGCUGUUUUGGUCAGACCAGACGGUGGAUGCACAGCCUCUGAGAAUGUUGGGCAUGUGAGCCGCUUUAGAAGCGAGGUCAGAGAUUUGGUGUCUGCCUCCGUGUUUUUCAGGCUGGCAUUUGGUUCACGUCCACCUCGUGGCGAACUUUGACCCCGAGCUCUGCACCUGUUUCUGCUGUUUCUUAGAAAAGACGAGGCUGUGAGUUAUCACUUGUGUUUUCAGUCCAUUACUUUUCAGUUUAGUUGGAUUUUAGUUGAUUAUUAUAGCUGUAAUUACACAGAGCUGUAUUUACCCCCUACAUGCUUCCAUUUUUAUUCUAGUCAUCCAUCAAUGUUUCACAUCAAUGUUCAACUAUUAAUAUCAGACUCAGGUAACCUGAGUUGAUCGAAAAAUUGGGUCUAAUUUUUUAAUUUUUUUUUGUAUUUAUUAGGAAACAAAUCUAUACAGAUGAAUCUGACCUUGGGGUUAAAUUACACCCGUCUCAUUAAAUCAUGAAUUAACCGUCAUUAACCACAACUUUGAAGCUGUAG